GCCGCGCUCGGUCAACGUCGGCUCUUUCCGGCUCUUUCCGACGCGCUCCGUCCCCUCUGUCCCCUUUGCUCCCGGGCGACUCUGCCUUCGGUAAACAUCGGCUGCCUCCGCCGAGCCCGACGCCCCUCAGUCCCUCCCUUCGGCAAACAUCGGCUGCCUCCGCCGAGCACAACGCCCUUCAGUCCCUCCCUUCGGCAAACAUCGUCUCCUUCCGUAACGCUCGGCCCUCCCUUCCCCUCCCGCCUCGGCCCACUCUCCCGAGCACUACCUGUCUUCGGAAAACAUCGCGCUUUUCCGGAGAGACGUUCCGCGCGGCCGUCAGGGCGGCGCCGCGUUCGGAAGCGUUCGGGUGUUUCCGUGACCCCUCACGGGCCAGCGCGGUCGUUGGCGGGCGGUUAGCCGAGGGCAGCGCGGCCUCGGUGGCAGAGCCGCUCUCCCGGUGGGGAGGAAUCGCGAUCCUGCCAGGCAGAAGGCCGUUGCUGAAAGGGGACUUCAGGGAGUGAGUGCAGGAUGACUCAGCAGGGAGCUGUUCUUCAGGGUUACAAUAAUGAACUAGUGAAAUGCAUUGAAGAUUUAUGUAUGCAAAAAGAAGAACUGAACAAACAAAUCCAGCAAGCAGAAGAGGAAAAGAAUAAACUCCAGCAUGAAAUCCAAGUCCUCAGUGAACAGCUGGAGUGUGUAUGUGAAAACCUGGCCCAAAAGGUGGCUUCACGGAAUGAGCUUGAUAAAAUACUUGCUGAAACUGAAGCUGCUUACAUGAAGAUUUUGGAUAGCUCUAGAACUUUACUUAAUGUCCUGAAGAAGGAAGUGGGGACCUUAAAGCAUUCACCAGAUCUGAAAACCAAUGUAACGUGAAACAGUCAAAUGUUUGGACUCUGCAGUGCUAAAAUUUCACUAGGUGAGAAACGUGGUCAGCCACGGGACCUUAUAGCCACAGUAUAAGCAGAGAGAGAUUUUCUUCCAGUGUUUCUGUAUGUUUUAUUAUUUUCAAAUGCACUAGAAAAUAGAUGAAAUAAAGUUGCUGUUUUGUUUUAAAAAAUCUAUUUAAUUGAACACUACAAAAAUUAGCGAAUAGGUAGUUGAGGCAGAUAGGAGACUGUCAGUUUUGACAUCAUGAUGCUUCAAGGCUUAGAAAAAAGGCAUGUUUUACUGCGUGACUUCAGAUGGGUCGUGGUAAAUUAUUCUUUGAAAACUAGUUGGAUGCAAGUCAAUCAGCUACUACUUCAUUUCACUUUACAAAUGCUUAGGCUUUGCUAUUGGGACCAAGUAGAAAUGAGAUGUUUAACUUCCUCUAGGAGCUCGGAGUUCUGUCUGAUGCAUGCACAAAGACAGUCCCGUUUACAAUAAUCACCUACUUGAAUAAUAGAGGGAUAAGGUGAGAACUCUGGAGUAAUGCAGGGCAUGGUGGCUUAAAAUUUAACACUGUAUGUGGUUCAUGCAUAUUCCGAAGCUAUUCUUCAAAGCAUUUCUUAGAAAGGAGAUGUGCUGCAGUGAAAGUCAGGUUUGAUGCAUGUGCACAGACAGCUACACCAUGAACACUUGGACCAGUAAUUCACUUGGGGGUAAGAAAAACGUGUCAGUAGCAACUAGAAGUCCUGAAAAACAAGUGGGGUCCAGUUAAAAUUACAGAGGUAGGAAGAUAAUCCUGGCUAAAAGCCAAUAAUAGAAUUUCUGGAAGCCUUUUUAGUGCCUUUUAGCUCUAUACUGAUCUAUUAAAUAAUUGUAAUAAGAUUGUGGAGAAUAAUGAACAUCCUUAAAUUAUGUGAAAGAAGUACAAAUGAAAGGUGAAAGAAGAAAAUUGAGAAGUGGGUUGCAGCUAUCAGCCAUUCUUACAGAGGACAUUAAAAGAACUUAGUUUAGAUAUAACAGCAUGGCAUAAAUUUCAAUGUACUGCUGUUUUCUGUUUCUGCUGAACUUCUUUGUUCAGCAGAAAUCUCAGCAGCGUGUGUGUAUGUACACGUGCAUUUUGUCCCACUUAUGCGUGUUACAACAGUAACUUUAAGCUGUGUCUUGUAGUAAAAUCUUCAUUCAAUACCAAUUAAUUAAAAGGAAAGAAGUGUAAUUGAAAUCUCCUUACUUGAUAGUGGUGUGUCUCUCAGGUGCACAUAUAGAGGGAAUGGAGAUGUGAAUAGUUUUGGUAAUAGCUCUUAAUCAAUAACAGGGAGUAAAUUUUGUGUUCUUCUGGUUGCCAGGCUAUAUCAGGGAUGAGUGUGAAUGAGCUAAUCGAAGUUCACUUGUAUGCACUUCCAGGGGCUUCCCUCUGGGGAAUUCCCAGUGGGUAAUGCAGAGGUGAUAAAAUUACAUCAUCUCAGGGGUAUUGCUGUUGAAGUACUGCAGCACUCAGGACCACCUUGUUUAUGUUGAAGUGAAUUUUUAGUAGCAAAAAAGUGAUUUAUAUGGACACUUCAUGACAUUCUGACUGCCCUUAGAAUGGUAGUAGUAACUGAUGUACAGCAAAAUAGGAAGACUCAGGAAAAGAGAGCAAGAACUUUCGAGUUGCAAAUGUAAACUGCUGCACUGGAACUCAAAAUUGUGAAAAACAAUUUAUAUCACAGAAAGCUCACUUACAGAGAACUGUACAGUUAAUUUCUAGUAUUGGUCUCACACAAUAAUUACAGGUUUGUUUGCCUUAGAGUAAUCUUAAAUAAUGCCUGUUCUACUGAAGCUGACAAAACUAAAGAAGCUUUAAGAGAAGCCUUAUAAGUCUUUAAAUAAAUCUACUUCACAGCCAUUAUUAUGUCUAGUUGUAGGUAACUAAGUAACUGGAGAUGCUUCAAUUUUUUUUUUUACAAAACUAAGGGAAAAAUGUAACUGUUGUCUAGUACUUUUGCAUAUACUGGGGCCUCCCAACAUUCAAAUAAAAAGUUGAAAUGUUGCUAGAAUUUCAUUCAGUGACCCCAGUCUAAAAUUUCCAUUUAAAUUCACAUUUAAAAGGGGAGAGACAUAAUAUAUCUCUAGGGAUUGCCUGUUUUUGGAAUAACUCCUAAGUGUGGCAGUCAUUGUGCGCCUGUAGAAUUGCUACUCAAAAAGAGUGUUUAGCAUUAUAUUCUGUAUUGACCCAGAUCAACCCUUUUAUUGAAGUGGUAACCUUUUUCACUGCUUUUUCAGACACUAUAAAUCUUGACAUGAAUAGCUUUUGUUAAACAACUUCACUUUGUUCAGAAAACAUGCAGACUGAGUUGGUCCAAAGGAUUGCUGGAAGAGAAAUGAUAAUAUGCAGAUGGCAGCAGCUCUGCAGGAAUAGCCUGAAACAAAAAGACUACCUGGAACAAGGCAGGUCAUAAGUUUAAAGUAUCUACUUAUUCCUAACUUAAUUUUUAUAUUGAAUUUUUACAACUCUCUGGGUUUGACCCAAAGUGCUUACAGUUUAGGAGCCUUACUGACAAAAGUUGGGUUCCUAAUCAAAACUGCUGUGUUGUGUGUUCUGUAUCUUAUUUAGUGUGUGAGAAGACACAGCUUUUGAAACUCCUACCUGUCCCUGAUUCAGAGAUUUAGUGAAAUGCAUCUAGAGCAUUGGUUUAAAGUCCUGAAUUUAUGUAAAGGCACCUUUGCCUGAUUUCCAAAUAACAGAACAUAACUGGAAGAGAUCUGAUGAUUCCCUGCUUUUAUAGCAAUGCUUCUUGAAAAUGUGCCUAGCACUUAAAACACUAGUGAUCAACAGUUUUUUCAAAACACUUGACUGUUGACUCCUUGCAAGUAAACUGAAGAGAAUUUGGCAGUUAUCAAAGAAACUGCUUGUGGGUGGUAUGUUGAAGUAGAAGUAAUUUUCGGUGUGGAAGUGAGUGUAGGAACCACUGGGUGAAGUGUUUAUGCCAGCAGCCAUUCACACCCCAUUACUGUCUCUUUCCAGAGGUGCUUACCCUGCAGUUCAGGUACCUCCCACAUAAAGUUUCUGUUAAUCACCUUACAGAAAUGGGACUGGACUGGGGGCUCGCCCUAAUAUUAAGGGUAGGAAAUAAAGAGAAGGUAUGGAUGGUUCAGGAAGACUGGGGCAUGAGGUGGUAUGAUAGGGAGGUGGAGUUUCUCCUUUUUUCCGUCUGCUCUAAGUCUACCUGUACUGAGCUACUGCCUACAGUUCAUGCUACCCAAUAAAUCAAAUUUUAGAAAUCAUCUGAGCUUCAUCUGAACUCUGGACUUUUCCCCCCUUCCUUUAAGCCCACUGAUAGUCAGCAAAAGAGGCAACCUGUGUUUUGUUUUUCUGUCUUUUAUUUCUUCCUGUUAGGUAAGCAUGCUGCAGGCUCACAUAGGAUGCAGUGCUGUUCUUUCCUGUCCUCAUUGCUCUCCUAUGAACAGACCUCAGUGAACUGCUUGGGUUUUAUAAAGAACCUGAAAUUCUGUGUGUACUUGACGUACUGUGUACGUCAGAUUGACCUUUGAGAGUUUAGGCAGAGGAUUGGCAGGUCUUUGGCUGUUGGUGAAUGCAAGAGAUUUGUUUCCUUGGACUAGGAAUUCUUCAGACCAGGCAGAAGACUAGACAUCUUCAAAUACCCAAUGAAUUGUCCAUUCAAACAAUGAAGCAAGCUUUAGUCUAAACCCAGGUGGCUGGAUCUUGGAUUGUUGUUUUUGAGAAUCAGUCCCAUCUAAGUCUUGGGGUACAAGUGUGUUCCACUCCAAAUUGAUUAAGUGGAUUAAGCUAAACUGGAGCAAGGUACUGGUAAUUCUAUAACAAGAACAUUCAGAAGUUUGUUAGCCAAAGGAUCAAAUGUCUACAGUUAAUUCCUCAGACAGAUGAGUCUUGUGCAGAAGACCAAUAUCUACUGCUCCUUAGAUGAUUUUGCUUCUUAGGAGUGAUUUGAGUGAUAAGGUGUAGCUUGUGGCAGUUGCCUUAACUUUGAGUAGACCCUAGAUUCUUGGGGUUUGAUGCAAGAAGUAGACAAAACAGUUAUUUUUUAUAAUUUAUUUCAGUUUUUAAAAUUUCUUCCUUUUCAGGAAUGAGCAAAGAAGUAUUAAUAAAUACUUCAGUGUUGAUUUAUUUGUGUGUGUGUUGGUCAUUUUCUUUACAGAUGAAUUGGCAAGUUUUCCUAAAAUCAGAGUGCUCUUUUAGCUUUAAUGUAUGUGUAUGUUUAAAUAUAGAUGUAAAUAUUGUCUUUCUUCUCUUUUGGGUGAAGGACAGACUAGCCUUUGAUUUAAUUUGUGAACCAGUUGCUUUAUCAAUGUCUCUUGCUUUACUGGGCAGGAGUUAGGCACCAUGGCCACUUCUUGGGUGUCUGUUCUAUGCCUUUUUUAAACUUGGGAUAGUUUUUUUGUUCUCUGUCCCUUAACUAUGUCUAUUAAUAGAUGUUCCAGGGUAGUCGUUGAUGGUUGUCUGCCUCAGUUGGUUUCAGAUGAAGUUUGGUUCACUAAGCUGUGAGUUUUGGUUCAAGCUGUAAAACCCAGCUACUUGCAUGUUAGGUGUUGAUAAAACAUGGAGAGGUUCAGGGUUGCAGAACAGGGAGCUAUAUGGUCAUUCAUAGCUCUAUCUUGUGGAGUUUGUGGGAAAAGUAGUUCAGUGUUGUAGUCUGUAUUUACAAAAAUAGUGUUAGAAUUGGGGCUAGUAGAAGACUUUCAUUUUGUAGUGGUUUCAAAAGUAGUUUCACUGAGAUCUUGUGAGGUGGAACAAUUUGCAGGGGUUUUUGUCUAUUUGUGCAAGACUGUGGAUAUGCUGCAGUAAUUACAACAGAAAAUUAGCAAAUUAUAGUACAAACUUCGGUAUUUUAUUUAGCAGCACAAUGGAAAAUUAACAGUGUAAAAUACAUGCAUUUUGAUUAUUGUGUACCUGUUGUUUGUGACCCAAUGCAAAGCUGAUAAUAUGUGUAAGUAUGCCUAAUCUGAAUGUCACAAAUGGGAAAAUGUUACUUUUGGAAUUCAUUCUCAUCUAGGAUUCAUCCAUAUUAGAGGAAAACAAGCACAUACAGACAGAGAUCAUGUUCAGAAAAAGGCAUUUGAAAAAAGUCCUGGCAAUCAUGCUCUGGAGGUGGGAUUGAUCAUGAUUCCACUGACUUUGAUGGGAGCUUGUUUCUCUCACACCUCACUGUGAUCAGGGCCUGUGAAGUUUCAUGAGGUGGCUUCUCUCAGCCUUAGCAGCAGUUGUGUAGAGAGUGCAUGUACUUGGUCCUGAAGGAUUUAGAACACUGUUGGGUAUUCUUGUUUACUAUCUUGUGUGAAGUAGACAUGCAGCUCCCUAGUCAGCCUAAAUCAAGACCACAGGAGUGUUAGAGAUUAUGAAACAGAGAGGCUGAACAAUUUUUAAUACCUACUUGGAAAUAUGUUUGAAAUUACAAAACCUAAUAGACUGGUCACAGACCAUUUUAAAGUUAAAUCUUCACAGGUGUUAUUUUUUGAGCUUCAUAUGCGUAGGUUCUCUUGCUUCAGUCAGAGCUCCCAUAAUUGGCUUGAGGUUUUCCAUUGAUAUGGGACAUAUGGGAGCACUUCUAGGAAAUUAUUUACAUCAUAGUCUAUGACAGAUUUGUAAUUUACUUUUUUUUUUUAACUAUAUAAUUAAUUUAGUUGACUGUAAUAAAAAGUAUCAUAUUUCCUAAAGGCUUUUAAAGUACUAUUUGUUGUUGUUGUAUGAUUAUUAACAAGUUGAUACAACUUGGAUACUGAUUCUGAUCAGGCAUGUCUGUCAAUUCCUGACACAAAAUCCUCUUCAUAUUCUGCAAGCUUACACUUUUUAAAAACCUUCUUCCUUGCACAGAAAGAGCACUUUAAGUUGAAUAUCAGCAUGAGAGUUUGUUUUUUGAAGUUUUUUUUUAAUAUAGUUAGUAUUCAGGGCUGAAUCAUACACUGUCAGGUGUUUAAAACAAAAAAUUGGCAGUAAUUCUUAUAUUUUUGCAGUUGUUCAGUAAUAGAAAUCCUGCUAGACGUUUGUGCUGCUCACUGCCUUGUUGUGAGAUUAAUUGCUGUAACUCAUGAACCCAAGAUGCUCUUUGCUGUAGAAUACUGAUUUUUCCUUAAGUAUUGUUGCUAGCAUGAGUGGAAUGGAUACUCUGUUGCAGGGAAUGUGGGGUGAAAGAUGAGCUGCCUUUUUAGUAGAGGCCGCCAUCUGGAAAGAAAGAAGCAUCCUUGUUAUCCUUGUCCAUGGUAAAGUGAUGUGAGACAAUUCAAAUGAACUUUUUAGAAUGGUCAUAAUUCUCUGUUGUAAGGGUCACUGAAGCAAGCUGAAAAAAGGAAAACCCAAUCCAUGCUGUCAGUCACAAGGAAUGUGAUACCUGAUUGCAGCCAGGUUAUCUUUAAACACAGGCUCUCAGGUGCAGCUGGAAGCAGCAUAGCUGCUGCAGAACUGGGCUCAGUGAGGGUUGGUUUACCCUGCCAAGAAGCAGUUGGCCCUGUGCACACACUUAGGAAAUCUGAUGCACUCUGGAGUCACUUGACUUGUUAGAAAAGUGUGACCUCUUCCUGUUCUUUAAACUCAGGGAAUUAUAACCCCAUAAGAAGGAUAUUUAUUUAAAAUCCUGUACUGUUUAGUGUUUUUUCUCUGAAGCCUAAAGUGUUCUUGCUUUAGAUUCAGGUUGUUCAAGUACCUGUGAGCAAAAAUACGGAUGCCCAAGUUCCACUGAAGCCCACAAGCCUUUAAGUUGUUGGUAUUCACUGUGUAGUACAAGUCAAAUGCAGUCUUAAUCCUUCAGUCAAGUUGCAAACUUUGUGGCUCCUCUUAGUUUAAAUUAUUUGCACGAAGUAUUGCUUGCUCAUUUUGGAAUGUGCUUUCGGUUUUCUGUUUGUUUGUUUUUUAAUGAAGUAUUCCACUGAGGCCUCCCAUGGCACUCUGCCAUACACAUUCAUGGUGUGCAUGUAGAAUGUUUUCUUUGAGAAUGUUACAAGGAAACUACCUGUACAACAAUUUAACUGAAACAAGAUUCAGUUUUAUGCCAUGCUGGUUUUGUUUUUAAAAGUGUUUAAAAAUGAUGCAUAUAUAAAUAUAUAUUUAUAUAGGAUAUAUAAACAAGUGCUUCCAAUGAACUGAUCACAUAGUACCUUACAGAGAACGUUAAUAUCUUUAUCCCCUUGAUUGACAGUAACACUCAGUAGUAAUCUGCCCCAAAUAAGGGACAUAUCUGGGAAUGGAGGCUUUGCUUUUUCAGCUUCAGUUGAAUGCUCUGACUUGGACUGGUUCCCAGAGAUUCAUGUCUUGUUUGGUGUUUUGACAUAAACAGACAGGAUUAUGCAUUCUCAACCUGUGUGUUGGGGGAAGGGAUAGAUAGAGGCACACUUCUUUGCUGUUGCUUCCUCCACAUUGCAUGCAGCAUGAUGAUGAUGUUUAAAUGUGUUACUCCUUUCUCCUUUGAUAGACCCCGUAUGACAAGGUAUCCCAACUCCUGAGCAGCUGCUCUCACUUCCCAGGCCUGCUCUUUCCAAGCUGGUCCUUUGGGACCUGACUGUAGGAGGUGGGGCCCAGGAACAGAAAGAACUUUUAAUGCUAGUUGCUAAUUAAUUACCUUUAAAAGCCUAACCUUUUUCAGAUACCUUGCCUUUAUAGAUCCUAUUGUUUUAUCAGGUUGCUUAUUACUUAUCCUAGUCCAUGUAAGACCACCAGGUUUUUUAGGCAUGGAGGCUCCUUGAUGCUUAAAAGUAGUGGGAGGUCUGAAUUCUAGUUCAUCUGUAACAGCAUACAAAGCACAUAUAACAGCAGCAGGUUGUGAGGCAGCCAUAUUCCACCACAGCUUGUUUUUUGGGCUAAUGGAUGGAAGUAGUAUGGCAGUGAAGAACUCUUAGAUAUCUGGAUGGAUGGGGCUCCUCUAUAGUGAAAAGAAUGUAUGAAUUUGGAUUAAGAACUACUUUAACCUAGGACAGAUGGCACCUGACAGCAGUAUUCGUAUAUUCAUGUAUACAUAUAUAUACAUACUCAUACAUUAAAAUGUAUAUAUAAGUAUACUCAGCAUUUUCAUAAGUAUAGAGAGUUCUUGGUAGAAAGCUCUCUAAUACUUCAGUAUUAUCUGCCAUUAGAAAAUACAAUUUAAACAAGUUGGACAUUAACAACUUGCAUGAGGUUGUGUACGCUGUUUUUUCAGUAGUCUUCACAGUCUUGCUUCCACAUAAGCCAUCAUUUGUAGCACCAUCCUCAUCUUUCUCCUGCUACAGCUUUUGUUGCCUCUAUUUCCCAGCUCCUUGCUUACCAUGUUUUUAGUUAUCCCAAGCUGCUGACCAGAAACAUGCUUCUCUUCUGACAUGUGGUGGAUCAGAGAUGCUUUCAGCAUCUUGAUACUGUCCAGACAUGUUCUGGCACACUUGGAAAAAUUGCAAGAUAAAGAGAUUACAUUCAAUUUGAUAGUUCCCCAAAAGUUAUGGUUGGAUGGGGUGAUAAUAUUAUAUUCCAGAGAAAUAACAAUCACCUGAUCUGAGUUUCAUUAACUUCAAAAAAAUUUCAUUCAAAAAAAGGGUGUAGGUCAAAGCAAUGGAUGGAUGGGAAUUUUCCUGAUAUGCUAUGGAGAUUAAAGAACAGAAGUUUAUUUUGUCUGUCAUCGAGGAUAAAUAAUAUAAUCUUCUGCAGAAAAAGGUCUGUAUGAGAUGCUGUAAUUUAAUUAGUAUUAAGGCUGUGUCCAGAGUGAUGUGAGUUUGUUCCAGAAAUGUUUGCUCUGUGUUUGAGAAAAAAUUGGGAAAAGGAGUAGAGUGCUGAAUCUUGCAGAUAAUGAUCUCAUUGAGGAAGCUGUUAUAGGUCACCUGUGUCUUCUUCAAAGCUCUGAGUGUGACCCGUAUUGCAGAUUAAUAAAUACAUGCUAAGACAGAGUGGAGUAUGGCACAGUAAUGCUACUCGGAAAAACUUACUUCAAGGCAUUGCAUGUAUUCAGCAAUUUUCUUUGCAAUCCUACUCUAUUUUACAGCCUAAUCUAUUCCCAACUAAGAUGUGCUAGAGAUAAACAUUGCAGAUGCCUUUUUGUGCAGAGGGGAAGGAGAGGCAAUUAAAAGUCUGCAUGCUGUGAAGUCUCUGGGUACCAACAGUGUCUGCACAGAUUUUUACAAUGUUUUAGGGAACAAUUGGAUUUUCCUCUGUCUGGGAUGAGUGAACGCAAAUAGUUUUUGAACAAGGACAGUAACUCAGUUAUUUUCACUCUGGCUAAAGUCCUGCUGGUUUGCAUAAAGGUUUGCAUUUUUAUUUACUGAUAUCAAAGUCUUGGUGACUGAGUGGCUCCUCCAGAUCAGAUGAUGUUUUAUUAGAAUGCAUCAUUUCAUUUCCGACAAAGAAAGAGCAAACUUUUGAUAAUGCAGUGAAAAAACCUGGGGUAGGGCAGUAUCUUGUAUUGGCCUCCAUCAAAGACAAGGAAAAGCACAAAAGGACAAAACUGCCGGCCGUGGUCUGAAUCAAACGGGGUUGCCUCCAAGAGUAGCAAGUGAGAGGGCUUUUCUUUCUUUUAACUUGCUCCGUCCUACAUCAUUACUGGGCUAAGUAAGACAAGAAUUUUCUUUUGAAUAAUAAUAAAUGGGAUAAUUUGCUUCAAGAAAAGCUAGUUUCACAUAGGAGACAGUUAAAGCCGCUCCAUGGGAGCUUUAUUUACUUUUUUCUUCAAAAAAUUUUCAUAAUUCAAAUUCUAAAAGCAAGCAGCCAUUGCAAGGAAAAGGGAAACAACAAAAUGUUGUGUUUGCUUGUCAUUGCAGACCUUUUAUACUUACGUGACUUCACUCCUAUGUGCAGUUUCUUGGAUGCAAGUAUUGCUUGUCCAAAACAUGGAUUUUUGGUCUCAGAUCUGUUCAGUCUAAUAUUCCUUUUCUUAUUUUAGAUAAACUUAAUAAAGCAGUAUACAUUGUUACUUAUAUUGUAUGUACAGUAUAUAGACAUAUUAUAUAUUACUUAUAUAAGUAUGUUGUUACUUAGAUAGGUAUUAAAUUUACCUAUAACUCUUAAGUAAAAGUUUUUUUCCAUUGCUUACUAUGCCAUGUAUUACUACAUAUGUUACCACACAUAUAGCUGGAGUGGGGCUUGGUUCUCAGACAUUAAGAUGACUUUGAACUUGCAGUAGCUGAUAAGUAUUUUAUAGUUUCAGGUGUUGGCAAAUUCAGAAGCAGCCAAACAUCGGGAAGUAUAACUUGACUUUGCAAAUUUAAAUUAAAACUUGCAUAUUGCCUUACAUGGAACUUGCCUUUGUGUAAAAUAACUUCUGCAUCUGCUUGUGUGGUGAGAGAGCACAGCCAAAAGUUCUAAAGAGGUAUCAAAAACUAUAGAACCAUUUACAUUGGAAAGAACUUCCCAUUAAGAACCAUUAACCCAGAACUGCCAAGCCCAUCACUAAACCAUGUCCCUAAGUGCCACAAGUGUCUUUUAAAUAAAUAGUAGGUGCCUGAGAUACUUGAUGCUAUAUAUCUACUGCACUGGGAUUCUUACAUUGGGAAGCUAUGAUGUAACUUGAAGUUAAAAAAAUCUCAUUAGCAGGAGCACAAAUCCUCUUAAACUAACUAAAGUAGUUGUGCAGUGUUAUUUGAUUUCAAAAUGUAAACUUUGGAUUCUUGUGCUGUGGCCUGUAUAAGAGCAAAGAAGGUAACAAAAAAUACUUUAAAAUUCUGGAAUGAGUUUUGAGAUAUUAAUUAGUAUUUAAUAGGUGCCCAAGGAUUUUAUGCCACAAGACUCACUAAAAAUUAGUGGGUCUUGUGCUCUGCUUGCUGUUGCUCUGCUUUUUAAGAUUCAGGAUUCUGCAUGCAUUUCUCAAAGGCCUAGCUCCUGAAAACAGGGCAUUUUCUUUGUCUUUCUUCCCCCUACCCUCUGAAGUUACAUUUCUGUUUCUUGUAAAGAAAAGGCUGAAAGUGCAAAAGCAAGUAGAAAGGCUCAGAAAUGCCAAUAUAAAUAAUUCUAAAUAUUUUUCAUGAUUUAACAGCAGUCUCACACUUCGUGCUUGGCCUGAUGUGUAUCUUUUUCAGUGCCUGAAGCUGGUCACAGUCAAAGUCCCGUUGUUAAAAAUUUCACGCUGUGUUACACUUCAGUAAAGUCAGAUGCAGUGACGGCUCUAAGAAAGGCACCCAUAAUCUGUGGCUGUAGGACAUAACUGGCUUUCUGUAAAGUGUUCUUAAAUUCCUCUCUUAGUACCUUUAGCAACUACACCCAGCUUUCCACAGCCAUUUCUCAGAACUGCCAAGGAAGCCCCUUCUAGUCCAGCCUCAGUGUGAUCUGCGGGUGUCAGGGGACAAGGUGUGGUUUGGAGACAGAAUUCUGGAGCUUCCAGGCAAGCAAAAGCUGGAAGCCAUGUGGGAUGGCAGGGGAAGGAGGGACUGCUGACUCCAGGGAGGGAGAGCAUGCAGCAUCAAUACAUGGCCUGUCUUCUGCCAGAAGAACUAUCAACCUGACAUGAUGCUUCCCAGAAUCAGGAAUCUUAGAGGAACAAGCAAUUUCUGGGCUGAAAAAGGCUCCAAGGGAUCUCCUUGCAUCGCAAUGUAUUUAUUUACUGCAGGUGAAUGCAGGAAAGGUAAAUGGGAAGAUGACUGAACAGAAGGGGUUUGUAGUACUUGCAGAGCUUGCUUUGGAGUCUUGAAAGGCCAAAACUAUGAUCACAACAUCUAGCUGAAGACUGAGGAUGUGAUUUAGGAAUGGAACAAUUUAUCAGACUGAAGCUAAAGAUAGAAGUAAGUAUGCUGUAUAAAGGGCAGGAUGAAGAUAUUUUAAUAAAACGAACUCUGAUCAAGAGAGAAUAAGCAACUGACAACAUCCAGAGGAAUUUUUCCAAGAGGAGAACAUCAGAAAAACUGCCCAAAUUGUAUAAUUUUAAUAUUUUUUUUUGUUAAAACAUAUACAUUUUGUAUCUAACAUGGAAAAUUUAUCACAAUAGAAAUAAUUGAAAGCUUGGCAAAAUAAACAUGAAUUUUUAUGCCAUUCCACAA